AUGGCAUAUCAUGUCAUCAACUUUGAAGAAAAGGGAAUUCUAAAUCGUAGAAGCAGAAUCUUCCUCAAGCUGGAGAAUCUCCAACCCUCUGGAUCAUUCAAGUCAAGAGGCAUUGGCAACUACAUCCUCCGCCGUCUCGAAGAACUCCCACAAGGCUCGCGCCCUCACAUCUUCGCAUCCAGCGGCGGCAAUGCAGGUCUCGCUGCUGUUCACUCGGCUCGUGCUCUCAACUUGCCUUGCACUGUUGUCGUACCAACCUCCACAGCACCAUUGAUGGUAGCCAAGCUACGAGCAGCAGGUGCAUAUGAAGUCAUUCAGUAUGGUGCAGCUUGGAAAGACGCAGAUGCAUACCUUAAGGAGCACAUCAUACCCUACGCACAGACAGAAACCAUUUACUGCCCACCCUUUGAUCACCCAGAUAUCUGGCAAGGAAACAGUACCUGCAUGGACGAGAUCGCCGCUCAACUUGGCGAGCCCGACGUGUUGAUCUGCUCUGUCGGCGGCGGUGGUUUGAUCAACGGUAUCUGUCAAUCCAUGGACAACCAUCAAAUGAGCAAGACAACCAUUCUCGCCUUGGAGACCGCUGGUGCCGAGAGCUUGAAUGCAGCACUUCAAGCCAAGGAAGUCAUCACAUUGCCCAAGAUCACAUCCCAAGCAACAAGUCUAGGCAUUGCCCGUGUAACAGACGCCACAUACAAAUAUGCCCAGCGAGGCAAUGUCCGAAGCGUAGUCCUACCUGACGCAGAAGCGGCUAUGGGCUGCUGGCGUCUGGCAGACGAUGAACGUAUCAUGGUCGAGCUCGCCUGUGGCAUCAAUGUUGCUCUUUGCUACGACGGCCGGCUCGAGAAAGCACUUGGUCGUCCCGUUCGACCAGAAGACAAAGUUGUGAUUGUGCUUUGCGGAGGAAGCAAUGUCACGAGCAAGAUGUUGUGCGACUGGAGGAACGAGUACGCGUACAUCGAGGAAGAGACUGAGGCAAGGAGGAGGAAGAGCGAUUCUGCGCUUGGCAGUGAGACUCAGAGUGAGACUGGCAGUGUGAAGGAUAUGGACAUGGGAAAUGUACCCAACUUUAGUUCCACAAACGAAGGCGGCAGAAACACGUAUCCCCUCCCAGACAGCCUCGGUUACGAUGACGUUCUCGAGAUUCUGCACAAUCAUUCUGUGCUGUCACAGAUCUUCUGGCCACAUUCAUCCGCCAGAGUCCGUAUACAGCCAGGUUCUGUGUCAAAUAUGUCGAAUUUCCUGAUCGAACAAGGUCAGUCGGAGUUUAAAGUGUCCUUGUGUAGCCAGCCAAAUGGGAUAACGUGCACCGAAGAAUUACCGCUAGGGAUCAAGGCAACAACAAAGUUUGUGAUAGGUGGGUGCGAUCAAAUCGCAGGAGAGCAGACUGUGCAUGAUGAAAAGGGCGGGGCUGUGUCAACGUCAGAUUUGCUCAAGUCGCCCAUCACUCCGCUGAAUCAUCAACUCUAUCUGGUUGAGCAGAGUCAUUAA